AGAAGGAUAGAAAUUUAUCGUGAAGAAAUUUACUACAUUCUCAUACCCAUUUACAUUUGGACUAGCUUUUGUGUUCUUUGUGCUGGUUUUGUUAAUUCGCUUUAUCCCGUGCAUGAAGCGGUUUUCCCUCUGUAUGGGUGGAAUACAAUAUAAUGCUACUAUACACCUUAGAAGCAUCACUUUGAGAGCCUCCAAGGGUUGUUGUCACUACAAACAGGAGAUAAAACCACAUUCACUGACAUGCACAGGGAAUUCUUCCAAAUUCGGAUACGUCGAUCGAAGGUAUGACAGUCUUCAGAUGCGGUCUUUCAAGGUUAGUACAGUAAUGGUCAACUUGCUUCUGAACUGUGGUCCGUUAAGACUCUUCUGCAGGAGCAGCGGUUGCUCCGAAGGUUUGAAACACAAGGUUCGAAAGGAUGUUUCCGGUAGUUACUGGGAGGGCAGUCUUGACUCUUGUUGAUUGUUAUCCAUGCAACUUGACUCAAUUGCUACAGUGUGAUGCAAGUAUGCUAUAUGGUCUGGAGCUGACGAAAAUGUCAGUUUUUAGUACUUGCUGGAGCCAGUCUUGACUCUUGUUGAUUGUUAUUUUCCGAUGGUCCAUGCAACUUGACUCAAUGUCUACGGUGUGAUGUCAAGUAUGCUAUAUGGUCUGGAACGGAGAAAAAUGUCAGUUAUUUGUACUUCCUGGGGGCCACUCGUGACUCUAGUCGAAGGUUAUAUUUCAAUGAACCAUGCAACUUGACUCAAUAUCUACAGUGAAAUGUCAAGUAUGCCACAUGGUGUGGAACCGAGGAAAAUGCCAGUUUUUGGUACUUCCUGGGGGUCAGUCGUGACUCUUGUCGAAGGUUAUAAUUGAAUGAUCCAUGCAACUUGACUCAGUAUUUACAACACGAUGACCAGUAUGCCGUAUAGUCUGGAACUGAGGGAAGUGUCGAAUAAUAUGGGAGAGAAUUCGAAAUGCUUGCUGCGCAGUACCCAAGGCACUCUAGAUCGGGGAGGUGGCAAUGAUUAAACAAGGCACAAGCCUUGAGGCCGAAACCUCCCAAAUUCUUGCUACGUGACCGUAUGCAUGACCUUGUCACUCCCCUCGGAUCAGCAAACUUUGCUCCUGAAGUAUUGGGGGCGAUGGCCAUGGUCGGCACACGGGAGCUAGGGAUAGAGCGGUCAAACGACUUCUCCUUCAAACCCUAGAUUUCUGCAGUGAUUCAACCAUUGGCGAAACAGUCAAAUUACCUCGAACCAGUUAUUAGCUGCGAAAUACGCAAAUCUUAAUUAGUAGGGCUGAGUGCUAGGUUUGACUUUGGGCCCGACGAGAAAGCAGUGAUCGUGUUCUUUUGGCGCUUUGCUUGGAUUCAAAAGCUAAAGUGGGUCGGGUUACGAGAAUGUUUGUUACUGUGCUGAUAAACCUCCACCAUGCCCAUUGCAGGUUCCCAUGUAAAAAAUUGCCAUCGCAGAGUGUGGCUAAGGCUUUAAAUCCGAGCCCUUGAACAGGAGCGAGCGUACAGUGACCAGCAUGGUUAGGACAAGAUCGACCCCCGAGUAAGUGUCUCUUGUUUUAAUCGACUCCUUUUUUACGAGGCGAGGUGAGGAUCAAAGUAUCUGAAAGUAUUUCAGAAAGGGUUUAGCAGCAUUUUGUGGAAGCUACUCAUUUUGUAUGAGGGAGGGAAUACUUUCGACAUGAGGAUCAUGUACUUCCGUGCGUCCUCCCGUCCCCCGGUCUGAAGUAUCUUGAUAUAGUUUUUGGUGUCCUCUGAUCGCAUGUGUAUACGCUCUGAAUCGUACCUGUUUUUUCCUAUUCAUUACCUUAACUGCAGCUCCGAUAUAUAGUGAAGUCUAAAAUCUUUGACCAUUAUGGUUCAUGGUUAAUCACCUUAAUAGCAGUUUUCAUAACAUCGUCCUUUGGUGCUUCAUCGAGCACUGUUUUUGUUUACAAACUAUUUCAUCAAUUUAUGUCAACAUAAGAACCCGAGGUGAAGUGUUGAAGGCUACGCGACUUCUUUCCAUCGUUUUCUAAAAGAACUUAUUUGAUCUGGUUGGAAUUUUGAAACUCAUAUUGUGCGCCUUUAAUUGACAAGAAUGCGCGUUCAUACGACACCUGAAUCUGCUUUAAGUCAAAUACGUAUAUAAAGGCUCAGCUAAUCUUUUAACCAUACAAUAUUUCUUCUCCA